GUUUUGCUGGCAAUACUACUACUCCCUCUGAGAGGGGCGAGCUUGUCUGGACAGACAAACUAACGAUUCCUUGAAGCUACCGGCAGUGAAAGUGUCCUGGAUAAUACGUCUCAAUAUUACACCACUCCCACUCCCUGCUCGACCUCUGCAUAAACACAUCUGCGUUUUUGGCUGAAGUCUCUUGAGGGAAAUGCGGGGAAGUACAAAUUUCCGGCUGUUUUCCUGGCAUAUAUUUAUGCUUUUUCUAAAUCGGUCCCUAUCCAAAGUUCCUUGUUUGCGUCUUGGCGCUUUCGGCACUGUGAGCCACCGAUAGGGUCACGGUUUUACUGUUGUUCUUAGUAGGGGGCGUUAGGGCAGCGAUCGUUGCUGACGUUGGCCUACUCUUCACUGCCAGGGGAAUUUUAAUUGCAUUUCCAAAUGAAAUCUGCGAAAGAAGUUAACCGGGAGAUUUCAUUCUCGGGCAUGUAUUUAGAAAAGCAUUGAUCCGAAGGGCCGUGUUGUUCAUAUCACCAUCGUCCGUUCUCCGUCUCCGCCGAAAGGUUCACGUCAGGCAAAACCCUUGCAUGGAAGACGGAAUGCAAAGGAUAAUAAUAUCCAAAGCCGCUGACCACUGGGGAUGGAAAAUUUACGGAUGGUCUGGCUGAUGUUUCUUUCUUUGAUCGGUUCCGCCAACUCUUUUUGUCCUGAACAAUGUGACUGUCAACAUCGCCAUGUGCUCUGCGCAAACCGAGGUCUCCGGGCUGUCCCGGAAGCUCGGCAAAAUGUCGUGGAUGUCCUUACUUACAGCCUCGGGGGCAACUUCAUCAGCAACAUCUCCGACGUGGAUUUCACUAGCUUUAGCAAGUUGCUUCGAUUGGACUUGCAAUACAAUAAGAUUGAACACAUUCACCCGAAAACUUUUGAGAAACUUUCGAGGCUGGAGGAGCUGUACUUGGGUAACAACAUCAUCUCAAACAUACCUGCCAAUGUUUUCAAUUAUCUCCGGCGAUUGAGGCUUCUAAAUAUGAAUAACAAUAGAUUAACGAAACUGAAUCACAACGUGUUUGCACGCCUAGAAAACUUAGUUAAAUUAAGACUAGAUGGGAACUCUUUAGAGGUCUUGCAAGAUGCGAUUUUCAAACACUUGGUUAAUCUCCAUUACCUGCAGUUGGAGUCCAACAAGAUCCAUGCUGUUAGUGGGAGUACCUUUAUAAAUUUAAGGAACCUUGUAUAUUUAAACCUCGCCAAGAAUAACCAGACUUCAUUACAGAACAGUGCCUUGUUUACACACCUGACAUCACUGGCAACUUUAGUCCUAGAUGAAAAUAAUAUCAAAUAUGUUGGAAACCGGGUUUUUGAAAUGCUACAGAAACUCUCUAGUCUCUCCCUCAGCAAGAACAAGAUUUCUUACCUUGGUUCUGAAGUCUUUGGAGGCCUCCAUGGGUUGAAGGAACUGUUUAUUGAUGGUAACCUACUGAGGGAAAUCCCAAGUAAGCUGCUGGAUCCUCUGGUAAAGUUAGAACAAUUAGAUCUGAGUGACAACCAGAUCACCACUAUCCAUCCAUUGGCGUUUAAACACCUGACGGUUCUCAAAGUACUGAAGCUGAACAGCAAUCGUUUGACCUACUUACCUGGAGAAACUUUUGCGUUUACCAACUCUAUAUACAGCCUUGAUCUAAGCAACAAUAAUUGGACGUGUAACUGCCGGCUGACAGGCUUAAAGCAGUGGAUGAACCUGGCUCAUGCUCAGGGCAGGCUACUCACCAUGUUUGUCCUGUGCAAUAACCCCCUCAGUUUGAAGGGAAAGUAUCUGGAUUACUUGACGGACUCUGAGAUGUGUUAUCCUCGGAAGGCGCAGUCGCUGUUAAAUUCUUCCAAAGGCUCUAUGGUCGAUGGAGCCCUGAGUGUGGACCAAGUCAACAUUCAGUCAGACCAAGAACGUAUCUUGGAUGAAGACAACUUGCACACUGUUGGGAAUACAGGCCAGCAGCAGAAGCCAUCUCCUCAACCUAUUACAGUCACUAGCCCGCCUAAAGACAAACAUCUCGUUCUAGAGCCAAGGCCAACCAAACCAGUUACAGUCAGCACAAUUCAACGGGAAUCCCCAGUAUCUCUAACCACAGCUCAGGAUUCCUUGGAUGUUUUGACUCCUUACACCACUUUCCCAAUAUCCUCGAAAUCUGAGCGGUAUUAUCUCCUGAAGGCCAAGGAUAAAGUGAUGCAGAAACCAUUGAUAACCGAUCCUUGUGAGUUCAAUAAGCUCUACAUUACCAACCUGACGGCGGGCGAGGUGAGCUCAUCCACCGCUACCAUCCGGUGGAAGGUGGCCCACCCGGGUUUCCGGAACGCCGUGCAUUUCCGUGUGCUCUUCGACAGGUUCGGCCAGCCGGUGACAUUCCACCGCUUCAUAUACGUCAAGGACAAGUCGGAGUGGGUCACCUUGAGGGAGCUGCGGGAGGAGACGCCUUAUAUUGUGUGCCUGGAAAGUGUCAUUGCUGACCGGGUGUGCCAGAUAGCAUCCCGUGACCAUUGCCUUGGUGUCCUUACGUUGCCUCUAAAGCGAGGUCCCCUGGAUGUGCAGCACUUCAUUUUGAUUCUGUCGGCCAUCAAUGCUUUCCUGGUUUUUCUGGGACUACUCAUCUGGACGUCGAAGGUGCUGAGGAAGCUACGGAGGAAAAGAACCCCAGUCAGUGUGCGGCGGAUGUACUCCACACGCCGUCCCCUGCGCUCCAUGGGCUCCGGGGUCUCGGCAGGAGACUGUACAGGCUUCCAGACCAACAGAUCACGAUCAGUCAUGUAUCAACUCAACGAGGCAGAUCUGAUGGACUUCCAGUCUGACCGACUCAUGGACAUUAAUUUAAGGAGGGAAGAUAUUGGGCAACGAUAUGGUGAUUAAAGCGCAUCAAUAGGAAAGCCGUUGCUCAAGGCUGUUCAACACGUCAUUCUCUGUAACUUUUGCCACCUUUGUCUCUACGUCCAUCUUUACAGAGAUCAGUGACUGGAGUUCUAAUCCCUCCACUGUCUCUGGGAAGUUUGUACAUUCAACCCAUGACCCCGUGGGUUUCCUCUGAGUGCUCCAAUUUCCUGCCACGUUCCAAAGGCAUACGGCUUUGGGUUAGUAAGUUGCGGGCAGGCUAUAUUGGCACUGGGAACAAGGUGACACUUGCGGGCUGCCCUAGCACAUCUUCAGACUGUUUGUUGUUGAAUGCAAGCAGUGCAUUUCACCAUAUGUCUCGAUGUUUCAAUGUACAUGUGACAAAUAAAAUUAAAAAUUAAGAUUACUUUAUCGGGAUCCUACCACUAAGCACACCUUCUCUUUUCUUCCUCCCCCCACCCCCCCUACUUUCCACUCUGUGAUUCCCUUGAUCACUGAUUUCCUUGCCACUCCUCUGAUCUCCCUCCUGACACUUGUCCCUUCAAACAUUACAAGUGCUACGCCAGUCCCUACAUCUCCCUCUUUGCCACCGUUCAGAACCCCAAGCAGUCCUUUCAGGUGAGGCGAGUCUGUGGGGAUUAACUAUUGAAUCCUGUGCUCCCGGUGCAGCCUCCUCUACAUCGGUGAGACUCUCAGAUCAGAGGACUGCUUUGUCAAGCUCCUUCGCUCUGCCUGGUGGCUGGUCAUUUCAUUUUGGCUUCCCAUUUCCCAUUCUGACAUGUCCGUCCAUGGCCUUCUUGCUGCCAGGAUGAGGCCAAGCUCAGGUUGGAGGUGUAACACCUCAUAUUCCAUCUGAGUAGCUCCAACUUGAUGCCGUGACCUUCAACUUCUGACAAUUUCUCCCCUCUCCCCACUCUGUUUCCAUUCUGGUUACCUUCUUGUCCCUUCUCAUCUGCUUAUUACCUCCCUCUGAUGUCCCUCCUUUCCUUUUUUCCAUGGUUCUUUCCUUGGUUUUUCAGCCUUUUCCCUCUUCUAUUACCUCCCAGCUUCCCACUUCAUCCCUGUCCCUCACCCACCCACCUUUACCUGUCUCACCCAUCACCUGCCAGUUCAUACUCUGUUCCGCACCCCCACCUUACUGUGGCUUCUGCGUUCUUUCUGCCCCGUCCUGAUGAAGGGUCUCAGCUCAAUACGUUGACUCUUUAUCCCCCUCCAUAGAUGCUGCCUGACCUGUUGAAUUCUGCCAGCGUUCUGCUUGUGAUGUUUCAUUAUUAAUUUGACUUGUUAAUUCUGAUUGACAAAAUGUUAUCUUAUCUGCAGAGUGCUGUUGGGAAUUGCCCACAGCUUAUGUCCAGCUAACCUAUGGUUUCAAUCUUUAGGAUUGAGAUCAAGUCUGUCUAUCAAAAUGUAAUAAUAUUGCUUGACAAUGUCUGCUACAUUUGAGUAAGGAUGAAGAAAGAAUUUGCCUCAAUGUUUUUUUUUCCAGUGACUUCAGAACAUGCAGACACUUCAAAGCCAAUGUGAAUUGUAAAUGUUUAUGGUUUGCAUGUAAGGCAAAUAGCAGAUAAUUUAUGCAUAAAGACAGAUUAAGUAACCAGUUUAUUUGUUUUCUUAUUGUUGAUUGAGGGACUAAUGUUGGGCUGGACAGCAAAAUGACACUACUUCUUUGAUAAGGAAUGUAUGAUAUAGUCCAGAUGUGGGUCAAUGGGAUAGGUUGGGUGAGUCUAGAACUAAAGGUUAUAGGUUAAGGCUGAAAGGGGAAUUUGAAGGGAGCUCUUCGCUCAGAUGGUGGUGUGAGUGUGCAAUAUUGUCAGUGUAAGUGGUAGAUACAGGUCCAAUUUCAACAUUUAAGAGAAGUUUGGAUCCAUGUAUGGAUAGAAGUAUGGAGGACUAUGGUCCAAGUGCAGGUCAAUGGGACUAGUUAGAACAACAGUCCAACACGGACAAGAUGAGCCAAAGGGCCUGUUUCUGUGCUAUAGUGCUCCAUGAUUCUCAGAUACCUUUCCAUUCAUCUGAACAGAUAGAUGAAGCCAUCAUGUAAUACCCCAACUAUAUGGUGACGUUUCAGAUAAAGCGGAGCUUCCCCCAUGUGUACUGCACUGUGUUUGUAAAUUCCUCUACUCAAGUAUUUCAAUUGGAGGUUUAAACUUCCAAAUCAUCUGACUCAGAGGAAAAAAGAUGUAAAAAAAAAAGCUGACAAAUCUGGCUCAAUUACCACAAGAUAACCGUGCUUAAUUUUGCCUUGUGUCAAAUCUUAAACUAUGUGUCUCUCACUUUAUUCAAUGUUCCUGGGAUUACUCACUUUUCUACAUGGUGGAAUAAAGGGCACUUUAAAGCAACGUGCAGUAUUUAUCAUUUCAGAGUCCCUUGGAGAGCAAUGCACUGCUAUUUCAAAAUAGUAACGACUGUCCCAUAAUGUGUAUUUUUUUUUAUGAUUGGCUAGAACAUUUGGUAAAGUAUAAGUUAUAAUCUCUUCGAAGUAGAGCCAGUGGAUUUGCUCUAUUGAACAUUUCACCUGGUAGAAGCUGAGUGAUUGGUAUUGUAAGACACUAAGGUAUAUUACAAUUAAUGUCUCUAUUGAAAAUUCCUGCAUAGUACUUGUGUAUCUAUUUUUGAUGCAUCUGGUCUCCUGAUGAUUUCUUAAUUAACUAUCAUAUUUCAACACAGUGAUAAGAACGAAAAAUAAUUUUCUGUCGCUUAAUAUAUAAAAUGCUGGAGGAACUCAGCAAGUGGAGAGGCACCUAAAAAAAAAAGGCAAUUAAGACUGAACAGUCAACGUUUUGGGCUGAUACCCUUCAUUAGGAUUCCUGCUGAAGGGUCUCGGACCAAAAUAUUGAGUGUUUACUGUCUCCAUGGAUGCUGCUUGGCUUGCUGAGUUUCUCCAGCAUUUUGUGUGUGUUGCUCAACAUUUCCAGCACCUGCAGAAUCUCGUGUAUUUAUGAUUUUCUGUUGUUCGCUGACAUGGAGCUAAACUAUUGUCUUCUGUUUCAUAUUUUCUUUACUGAGUUGUACCUAGGCUGAUCCACUUUGAAUUCUUUUGAAGGAUAGCCAGUGGAAGCCAUUCCUUUGCAGAGUCAGGAAGUUUAAAUAGGUUCACUUUAGCUCAGAAUGCAAUUGUACAAUAGAGAAGACGGCCAUUUGCUCCAUCAAAAGUCAUAGUCAUAGAAAAAUUCAGCACAGAAACAGGCUCUUCUUUGGACUCAGUAGCCAUGCAUUACGUAGUUCUGUGUCAUGGACUGAAAACUAAUGUACCAGAUGCAGCAUUAGGAUGUUUGUUUGUAUAAACAGCUUAUUUGCCAUUGUCAGUCAGUGUCACCUUUACCUUCAGAAGGAUGUUUUCUCACUGUUCACUCAGAAAUUCAGGGGUAGAUCAGAAAUUGCAAGCUAUUAGACAAAUUAGUGGAAACCGUUGUAAAUUUACCUAAUUAUAAAUGGUAUUUCAGCAAUGUAUGCAUAGAGUCAAAGCCCAUCUAAUCUGAACUGAGUAUUAACUUGCCUAGUCCCAUCAAUCUGACCUGGACCAUAGCCCUCCUAACCAUGUACUUAUCCAAACUUCUCAUAAAUGUUGCAGGAAACAGUCGAAUCUGCAUCCACUGCUACCACUGCCUGCUCAUUCCACACUCCGACCAGUGAUGAAGUUACCCCUUAAAUAUUUCUCCUUGCAUCCUUAACCUAGUUCUAGUCUCACCCACCCUCAAUGGAAAAAAAAGUUGCUUGCAUUUACUCUAUCUAUACCCUUCAAAAUUUUAUACGCCUCUAUCAAAUCUCCCUUCAUUCUCCUAUGCUCCAGGGAAUAAAAUCCAAACCUAUUCAAACUUUCCCUAAACACACGCCCCAGCAACAUCCUUGUAAUUUGGUUUUGCUACAUUCAAUGUUCUCCGUAGAAGGAGGCAGAAGAUGACAUGAUUUUCUUUCUUUUUUUUUUAAAAAAAAAACUUUUUUGCUGAUAAUCACUAAGAAUGUUGUUUUGAAUCAUUCCAUUUCAUUAAAUUUCAUUAGCAUGUGGGCAACUUGCUGAAGAUCCAUAAUUGAAUUAGUUAGCAAACGUCAGUAGAAUUCUGUUUAUCAGUUCAUUUAGCAGAAUUUCAAGAACUCCAUUGAGUUUCAAAGCGGUUGCUUAGAGUAAACCACUAAAGAAAUGUAAUUUCUCUAAUUGGCAUUGAUAAUUUUUAAUUAUUUUCAAAUCCGCUUCAAAUUAGCGCACAUUGAAAGCAUCAAAGAGGGCAAGGGAGAUGAACCUAAAUAACUUUCAGUACUGAAAGCAAAUUUUGGGCAAAAUAAUUCAGUCUAGUCAUGUUAGAGACAAUUAAUUAAACAAUCAGGGAAAUACAGCGAUCAAACUAAUAAUGUUUUUAUCUUUUUAGAUGUUUAAUAACAUUCUUUUUAAGAUUUUGAAAGACUGCUAACUAAAAUACAGAUAUUUUCAGUAACUCAUUUCUGUGAUAAUUAGUCUGAAGUUUGUUCUAAUGUGGCAUUUGCUACAUUUGGGAAUCUGAGAUAUUGACUCAUAGAAUUUUAAAUAUAUUCUACAUUUAUGGAAAUUUUCAUGCUUGUUCAGUACUAUGCUUCCUUCCUAGUAGACACUUACCUGCACUGUAUAUCCCCUGAGUUCUCCAACCCUCCAGUUAAUGCCUUGUGAAAUCCUUGCUCCAAGUUGCUCGAUCAUUGGUGAUUGUCCAGUCAGGUACCACGUCCCAAACCCUGGAGUAUUUUUGCUAAAAUUCACUGCCUCUCCAUCUGCUGCUCUUCAAGAUUAUUCCUAAUAUCGAUCUAAUACUUUCUUCAUUUGUAUUUAGUUUUUCCUCCAUGAGCACCUUGGGCAAUGACGCAGAUAGAUAAAUGCACAUUCUUGUAGACAUGCAGAUUGGUUUUACUGUUAUCCAAACUGUUACCUUUUGUUCAUCUACUUGGAUCUGCAGAUAAUCCCUGCGGUUGGAAAUGUGCUCUUUUCAUAUGCUUGCAUUUUAAAAAUCAAAUACAAUAACAACUAAUUGGAGCUUUUCUUAUCCAGUUAAUCUUUUCAGGAAAUUUCAUCAAGUAUGUACUCUUUAUGGUAUAUCUUAAGUGUUUUGAAAUGUGUACUUUUCCAACUGGAACAUCUGUUAAAUAUUAGUCAAAGGAUGCAAGAGACAUGAGAACAAAACUCCUAACUGUCUAUCAACUCAACUCAAACAGGAAGAGUUUGAAUCAAACAAAUGAUCAGUUUUCAGGAAAUAAAUGAGUAACAUCAGAAACCUUGAUUUAUGGAUACAUCUACAUCCUUUGCUGAUGAUAAGCAUAAACAGCUGGAAGUAUGGGCAGGUUUCAGCCAAUUAGAAUAAAACUUUAGAAGUAAAUAAUGGAAAAAUAUUUCUGUAAAGCUGCAUCACUUGCCAAGGCUGGUCAUCAAACUGUCCACAUCACUGAGAACUCCAAGCCCCAGCUACCCUCUCAGAUGAAUUCACCCAUCAUUUAAACAUCAGAAAUGGGGUUAAUAACACUGGCAUAAUUUAUUGGCUGCAGUACAGUGAAAUACAUAAUAAAUUACAAUAAAUCGAUUUUAAAAAAUAAGCAGUGCAAAAAGAGAGGAAAAAAAAGGUGAGGUAGAGUUCAAUGUUUUAGGAACAGCUUCUUCCCCUCUGUCAUCAGAUUUCUAAACAGACAAUGAGCGGUUCAUUGCCCAUUCAGAAAUCUGAUGGCAGAGGGGAAAAAGCCGUUCCUAAAAUCAUUGAGAGUGCGUGUCUGCAGGUUCUUGUACCUUCUCCUUGAUAGUAGUAAUGAGCAGAGGGCAUAUCCUGGGUAAUGGGGAUCCUUGAGGAUGAAAGUCCCCUUUUUCGAGGCGUGGCCCUUUGAAAACGUCCUGAAUGCUGGAGAGGCUAGUGACUGUGAUGGAGCUGGAUGAGUUUGCAGCCCUCUGCAGUUUCUUCUGAUCCUGUGCAGUGGUCUUUCCAUAGCAGAUGGUGUUGCAAUCAGUUAGAAUGCUCUCAUAGUACAUAUUGUAUGUAGAAAUUUGCUAGGGUCUAUAGUGACACAACAAAUCUCCCCAAACUCCUAAAUCCUCCUUUAGUCUGAUUUUAAACUGUAGCCACUCACUGGAUGAAUAGUUAUUCACUGAGCUGUUAAUCCUUACGGGCUUAACUAAUUCACCAAAAUUUAAGAGAACAAGUUUGGCUGUAAAUGUCAGAAAAAGAAAUGAGUCAUGGAUUGGACUUAAACCAUUUGGAAGAGUUUUUUGUAUAAAUGCUUUAGUUCUGAUGUGUUUUGUGAAAGAAGUUUGGGUUGCUGCGUGAUUCAAUGGAGUCCUCAGAUUCUUCCCUUUUGUUUAACAAUGUUUACUCUCCAUUUCGUCAACUGACCCCUCAGUGCUACCUAAUCACUCCAGCUUGCUGAUUUACCGGAUUUUUUUUUGUUUGAGGAUUGGAGCUCACCCAGUGAUUGUGGGGAAUAGUGGAUGGAAAUAAAGGCCAGGUGUGGAUCAGAGAGAAUGGUGGUUUUAAAACACACACAAAAUAGAGGAACUCAGCAGGUCACGCAGCAUCAGUGGAAAUGAAUAAACAGUCAACACUUUGGGCCAAGGCCCUUUCAGGACCUGUGAAGGGCCUCUGCCUGAAAUGUCAACUGCUUAUUCCUCUCCAUAGAUUCUGCCUGAUCUGCUGAGUUGUUGUAGCAUUUUGUGUGUUACUCUGGACUUCCAGCAUCUGCAGAAUUUCUUGUAUUACUGGAUAUGGAAGGAUGAAAUAAAUAAGUAAAUAAAUAAUACAGAGAACGAGUUGUGGAGACCUUGAAAAGUGAGCCUGUAAGUUGUGGAAUCAGUUCGGUGAUGUGGAGAGUAAAGUUAUCUAUGCCAGCUCAGGAGCCUGAUGUUUGUAGGAUAAUAACUGUUCCUGAACCUGGUGGUGUGGGACCUAAGGCUCCUGUACCUCCUGCCUGAUGAUAGCAGGGAGAAGAGAGCUUGGCCUGGAUGGUGAGGGUCCUUGAUGAUGGAUGCUAUCAUUAGGACCACCCAUUUCCAGCUCUGAUCUUGCCUCAUUUCAGAUAUAGUUAUCCACACCUUCAUAACCUUCGGGCUAAACUAUUCCAACUCUCUCCAGCCUAGCCGUAUUCAUUCUGUUCUCUGUAAGCAUGAACACAUCCAGGACACUGAUGUGCAGGUUUAACUUGUAUGAAGUCUCAUUUACUCUGUGCUUGCUGCUCUCUGUUGAACAUUACUAAAAUUUCAUCAAAUCCUUCUAUUGUCUCACCCUGUAAAUCUCUCUCCAAUUUUUGUUUACUGUCUAUCUCUCCAUGUUAUAUGAAUUCCUCAGUUUUGGUCAGAGAGUCAUAAAAUCAGAAAGAAUUGCAGAGCAGAAACGGGUCCUCCAGCCCAUCUAGCCCAUGCCAACUUUCUCUUCUGCCUAGUCCCAUCUACCUCCACACGGACAAUACUCCUCCUGUCCAUGUAGCUAUACGAAUGAACCCGCAUCUGCCAUUUCCACUGGAAGCUCAGUCCGCAUUUGCACCCGUCUCUGAGUGAAGAAGUUCCUGUUCAGAUUCUCCUUGAGUAAGGAUUUUUGAAUUCACUGAUGAUGUGACGAUUUUGUAUUUUCUUUCUGGCAACUGCCGAGUAUGGUUACCUAAGUAAUGAAGUCAGUGGCAACUUUGGUUUGUGUGAAAUUGCCUUGCUACUGGAUAGCAGCUUUGACUUCAGCAAUCUGAUUUUUCCUGACUUGGGUUUUGUAUUAGUUUUAGUUAUAAGUACCAGUUAUUUUAAAGAUUUCUUUUAAAUACAUAAAUUAUUCAGGUGAAAAUAGCAUUGUGACACAGGAUG